UUGAGAGAGAGACAGGCAGUCAGCAUCGUUUGUAGAGUUUCUGAUGGGAAAAUAUAUUGUAGGUUUGGAUUUGGCACAAUAUAGUGAAAGAAGGUUAUCUAUCUACAUUUAAGCCUGACAAGGUAAAUAAAAGGUUCAGAGUCAGUACAUGCAAAGAAAGGCUGAGGUAAAGUAAGAAUGAUGCAGCGUUUGUUCAGCUACAGGAAGCAGUUUUGCCUGUCAGCCUUAUAAAACACAUUUCCUGACAUGAGGUUUGAACUUUGAGCUGCCGACACCUUUUCACGCUGAGACGUCUCACAUGUCGAGAUCUAACGGAGGAGAGUGAUGACCGAGCACCUGCUGAAAAUACUGAUUGUUGGCGAUGGAGAUGUUGGGAAAUCCUCCUUUGUGCAUCGCUACGUCAACGGACAGUUCAACAAGACGUACAAGAUGACGGUGGGAGUGGAUUUCUCGGUGAAGCUGCUGCACUGGUCGGAUAAAGAGAAAGUCAGACUGCAGCUGUGGGAUGUCGCAGGCCAGGAGCGUUUCAUAUCCAUGACCAGGAUAUAUUAUAAAGGCGCGCUGGGCUGUGUGAUGAUGUUUGACGUCACCAGCACGUCCAGCUUCCUCAACUGUCGCCAUUGGAAACAGGACCUGGACAACAAGGCCAUACUGCCCAACGGACACUCAAUCCCCUGCAUCCUGCUGGCCAAUAAGUGUGACCUCGCUCAGCGGGUUGUGUCAGCAGAAAGCAUCAACAGAUUCAGUAAGGCUAAUGGCUUCGUUGCGUGGAUGGAAACCUCAGUCAAAGACAACACGAACAUUGGAGAGGCUAUGAGGAGGCUGGUGCAGGAGAUCCUGUCGGUUAAGUCGAAUCUGGACUCGGUCCAACCUGGACCUGAAGACAGUGUUAAUCCUCAACUGGAAUCCGAGGACAGCAGCAGCAGCAGAGCGGCAGGCUGCUGCUGAAACACUACUUUCAUCCAUACCACAGAGUCCAGCAAACACCAGGAACUGCUCAUCAGUCUACAUCCUGAAUCAGUUUUAGGUGCCACUGAGCAAGGCACUUAACCCUCAAGCACUUAGUGAUGCUCUCCGUGUCCAGCAGUAGAAGAGCACAGACGAGGCACCAGGAGAGGCAUCCUACAUGUUAAUGUUGGUGUUUUGUAACCAGUGCACUUUAAUCUUAUAGUAAACCUUUCCAACUGGGAAGUCUGUUUUGAGACAGGGUCUGCUGGACAGUUCUGUGGUGGUUAUGUGUGGGUCUGCGUGGAUCUGAGGCAGAGAGUGCACUUCCUUAAUAGACACUAAUUAUUUGAGUAUCACACUAAAAAGACAAUAUACAAUUAUAAAUCCUCAGUGAGGAUAAUGUACCUGAGAGGAAUCACCAGACCAGAGAUUUACUGUCACAAAGCCAAAAGUCUUUUUCUUUUUCUGUCCCACUGACCCCAGUUUUUGGGACCCAAAAAACGCUAAUGAUCACAUUUACAUUACAGACUAAUCUACCAAUUAUUUAUUCAAAUUAUCGUUAGAUUAAAAAUCGAGAAAAAAUGCCAGAGUCCAAGGUGAUGUCUGCAAAUGUCAGAGAUAUUCAGUUUAUUAUGAUAUAUCACAUAUUUGCUUGAUAAAAGAGUGAAAAGAUGAAUCGGUUUAGAAAUAGUUGCUGAUCACUUUUCUGUCAAUCAACUAAGUGUGAGUGUUAAAUUGUGUAACUGUAUGUAUGAGUAUGGCAAACGUUUGUAUUGUAACCCUUAGGUGUGUGAGGGGAACUCCACGUGUGUGAGGGGAACUCCCCGUGAAUAACAAAUAUAUAAUCUUUAAAGGUGCUAUUUAUAAGUUUUUCUGCCAUAUAGGGCUAGCUGGUUCGCAUGCUAACUUCAGUAGAAGAAAGGACGUCAUAGAGACAAGAGUUAACAUUGGCGUUGCUUUUCCACCGCAGGAGACAGCUCUUUGUGGUUAAAGGUAUGAAGUUUGAUGCUGAACUCUCAACAUUUCUUCUAGACUGGAAAAUAAACAGCUGUUAAUACGAACAUUAGCUGUACAAAAUGUACAAAUAGCUCCUUUAAAUUUGAGUAAAUGUCAUUUGCUCUGUAUUUCUCCAGAAAAAGUUUGAGAGAUGGAGAACGAGUAUUUAGCAGGGGCAGUCACUGUCACUAUGGUUAAACAGAGGAAGAAAAGAACAUUACCUACAGAAACCACAUUUGCAUAAACGCAAAAUCCAAUGACUGUGAACCUCUCACUCAUACUGUUUGACUGACAGGUGAUGUCUGAAAAGUUCAGACAGAAGCUUUAUAGACAUCAGAAGCUACAGUGUAAAGCCUCAACCAAUUGUCUGUUAUCAUUUGAGUGACAGAGAGAGGCAGACGGUGAGGACAAGGAGGAGAGGCCUGGGACAAGGAGGAGUGAAGAGAACCAGAAGGAGCAGUAUGGUUAUUAAAGGGAAGGCCUCUCGGUGUGAGAACGAGGUGUGGAGCGUGCUCAGCACAGCAGCCAACUCAGACACACUGAGUCAGUCAGACACAUGAUGUCCCCUUGCUAACAACGAGAGGUGCGUGGGGCAAAUGGUGUGAAGGUGCUGUUGGAUUUGUGUGUUCUUUUAAUGCGUGUCAAACAUAGGCACAUGGAUGUGCAUGUGCCUUUGAGACGUCUAAAAGCUCACACACAAUGUCGGAAAUUCUGCUUUUGGUUUGUCAACACGCGCCUUUGACAGCUGAUGUUUGCGGGUAUAUCUCUGUCUUCGAGUCAAAGUCAGUGAGUGUUUGCCAUAUGGUUAAAACAUUUUUAAUAAAGUCAAAAAGCUAUGUAAAACACCAUGUUUGUUAUUUAUCUGUCAUUACUGAUAUUAGCUAUUUAAUAAAUAGAAUAAAAUACAA